AUGCCUGAAUUUGAUCUCUUUAAAAUAUCUCUAAAUAGGAUCACUUCUGAAAUAAUGGCUCCAUUCAUUACAUGUGUUAACAAUCUCAGCAAGGCAAUCACCAAUUCAACAAUCAAAGUGAGGUGUGUUCGGGCUUAUCAAGGUUUCCCUGAAGAUAAGGAUGAUAAAAGCAUAGAAUGUGUGUUUCAUGACUCCAAGGGUACUAGAAUUCAAGCUAUAUUUCCAAAUAGUUUGGUCCAGAACUUUGGAAAUAAACUCAGGGAAGGAAGGAUUUUUUGUAUUAAAAAUUUCUUUUUCAGACCUAAUACACUCAUAAACAAAGCAUCAAAUCACCAGUUUAGAUUGCUAAUGAAUGUCAAGACAGAGAUGGUUGAGGUUAAUGAUCAUAGGUUUUUGAGAGAAAUGUUUGACUUCAAGCCCUUUGCUGCAAUAUCACAAUAUGAAAAUGUUGAUGAUUCAUCCUUCUUUGAUGUCAUUGGUGUGAUAACUGGACCUGGUAGAGUUAUCUCUCAAUCUAAGUAUAGAUUGAUUGAGAUUGAGAUUUCUGAUGAGAACCAUAACAAACUAUUUUGUACAAUAUGGGAAUCAAAUGUGGACUUAUAUCUGGAUCAACUAAAAAAGAGUGAAGGAACAAUUCCAAUUGUGAUUAUUCAGUUUUGCAAGCGCAAUCUAUUUAGAGGUGAAAUUCGCAUUUCUACACAUUUUCAAGCUUCUAAGGUUGUGAUAAAUGUUGAUGUUAAAGAAGUUAAAGAUUUUAGGAUGAGAAUAAGAAAGGAUAGCAGAUUUGUUCAGCAAGUUUCUGUCAUUCAAGGAAGACAAAGGCUUGGGGGUGAAUAUGAUGAUCUACAAUUGAAGUCCCUUGAGGAUUUAUCUUGCCUAGAGGAAGGUUCAUGUUGGGUAUUCGGUAAAAUUGAUUCAGUUGAGUGCCACUAUGGUGAAUGGUAUUUUUUGGCUUGUAAGACUUGUGUUAAGAAGGUCAGAGAGGUGGAUAAUAAGUUUAAUUGUUCUGGAUGUACAAAAACUCAUACUUAUGCUGUUAAAAGGUUCAAGGAAGGCAGCCAAUUGUUAGGGAGAAAUGUGACUGAUUUUUUAGCUAAUGGUGGUCAGGUUGCUCCUAAGAAUUCCAUUCCUUCACUUAUUGAAGAGAUUCUUGUGGGUCAGAAUGUGCUGUUUAAACUUCAGCUGAAAAAUCAUAUUGAAUAUUACAGAAGUUACCCUUUUACUGUCAACAAAGUUUGUAAUAUCCCUGAAGUAGUUGACAAGUAUACUCCUAAAGACUUGGGUGAACAGAUCUUUAACUUUGAUACGAGGUUAUCUGAUCUACUUUUUGGAGCUGAUCUUGCUGAGGUGUCUCAGAAGCCCUAUGGUACAACUGAUCUGUCCAUACUUGCUAAUGAUAAUAGCAGUGAACUUUUUGUUAAAGGCUCUGUAUUAAAUUUUGGAGUUGAAGUUGUUGAGGGUUCUCAGAAAGUGUUUGUUACACCUAAUCUCUCCACUGUUUCUAAUGAGAAAAAUCAUGGAUGGGCUGACGUGUGUGGAUCAUUUGAAAGUCCUAUUGUUAUAAGUGAUGAUGUGCUUGAUGAACGCAAUCGGUCUAUUGUUAAUGAGAGAUAUUUUGGUUCAUCUAAUUUUAAUCAAGAUGGAGAAUUUUGGGAUAUUGGUGAUCCUUCAUAUAUUUGUUCACAUUGUGGAGCAUUAUUUUGGUAUGAGGAACGUAUUGGCAAACCCAAUAUGGCCACUAAUCCAAGAUAUUCGGGUUGUUGUAUGAAUGAAAAUAUUGAGAUUCCUAAGUAG